UGGCAACCCACUCCAGUGUUCUUGCCUGGAGAAUCCCAGGGACGGGGGAGCCUGCUGGGCUGGUGUCUAUAGGGUCACACAGAGUUGGACACGACUGAAGCGACUUAGCAACAAACCUCAGUAAUACUUUUAAUAUCAAUUUGGCAUUGAUAAUUCAAAUGUGUAAAAAAUGCCAGUUAAUUUCUUGAUAUCAUUGUUAGUUGUAGUUUGAAAAGUAGUCAAUGGAUCUUUUUCAAAGGAAAAUAGACCUUGCAGACCUCAAAGACCAUGUUUUCAGACAGCACUUUGUGGAUGAGUGGUAUUUAAGUUUAAGUUGCUUUUACAGAAUUAACAGGUCUGCAAGAAAUAAAAAGGUCAUUAUUGCUGUGGUUUGCGCUCAGCAUGGCUGUAGUCAUCCGUUUACUGGGGCUUCCUUUUAUUGCGGGGCCUGUGGAUAUCCGUCACUUCUUCACGGGAUUGACUAUUCCUGAUGGAGGAGUGCAUAUAAUUGGAGGGGAAAUUGGGGAGGCUUUUAUUAUUUUUGCAACAGAUGAAGAUGCAAGACGUGCCGUAAGUCGUUCAGGAGGGUUUAUCAAGGAUUCAUCUGUAGAGCUCUUUCUUAGUAGUAAAGCAGAAAUGCAGAAGACUAUAGAAAUGAAAAGAACUGACCGCAUGGGAAGAGAGAGACCAGGAUCUGGGGCAUCAGGGGUUGGCAGCUUAUCUAAUUUUGUUGAGGCUAUUAAAGAAGAAGGAAGUAAUUCUGGAUAUGGUUCUCCAAUUAAUCAAGAUGCUGGGUUUCAUACUAACGGUACAGGACAUGGUGAUUUAAGGCCAAGAAAGACACGGCCAUUGACAGCUGAGAAUCCUUACUUGUUUCUACGAGGCUUGCCUUACUUAGUAAAUGAAGAUGAUGUACGUGUCUUUUUCUCUGGUUUAUGUGUGGAUGGAGUAAUUUUUUUAAAGCAUCAUGAUGGCCGAAAUAAUGGUGAUGCCAUAGUAAAAUUUGCCUCAUGUAUCGAUGCUUCAGGAGGUCUUAAAUGUCAUAGAAGUUUUAUGGGUUCAAGAUUUAUUGAAGUAAUGCAAGGCUCAGAAAAACAGUGGAUUGAUUUUGGAGGUAAUUUAAUUAAGGAAGGUGACAUUUCUAUGAGGACUGAAGAACAUACACCACCAAGAGGAAUUAAUGAUAGACAUUUUCGGAAACGAUCUCAUUCAAAAUCUCCCAGAAGAACAUGUUCCCGUUCUCCUCUGGGAUUUUAUGUUCACUUAAAAAAUCUGUCUGUAAGUAUUAACAAAAGAGAUUUAAGAAAUUUUUUUAGAGAUACUGAUCUGACAAAUGAACAGAUUAGGUUUUUAUAUAAAGAUGAAAGAAGAACAAGAUAUGCCUUUGUGAUGUUCAAGACUCUGAAAGACUAUAACACUGCUCUGGGUUUACAUAAGACUGUUUUACAAUAUCGUCCAGUUUAUAUUGAUCCAGUUUCUAGGGAACAGAUGCUGAAGUUCAUUGAAUGUUAUGAAAAGAAAAGACCAGCAUCAACAGAGAAAGAGAGACUUGGACAGGUCUCACAAAAACACUCUCAAGAAGGCUACUCUGGCCAGAAAUUGUGCAUAUAUAUAAGAAAUUUCCCAUUUGAUGUUACAAAAGUUGAAGUGCAGAAGUUCUUUGCUGACUUUUCUCUUGCUGAGGAUGACAUCUGCUUGCUUUAUGAUGACAAAGGAGUUGGUCUAGGAGAAGCGUUGGUGAAAUUCAAAUCAGAAGAGCAGGCCGUGAAAGCUGAACGUUUAAACCGACGGAGAUUCUUGGGGACAGAGGUGUUGUUAAGGCUCAUAUCUGAGGCACAAAUGCAGGAGUUCGGUGUAAAUUUUUCUUCAAUGUCUAGUGAAAGAAUGCAUGACCAUUCACAGUCUUGCGAUAGAGAUGAUCAUUCCCAUUCGUUUGACUCAAAUGAUCCACCAGUAUACCCUGGUGGCCCUUCGGAAAACUUUAGGCAUCAGCAAGAGGACUUGAGGCAACUGGACAAUUUCAAGCAUCCUCAGGGGGAUUUCCGACCACCUGAAAGACGCCCUCCAGAAGACUUUAGGCAUUCCCCAGAGGAUUUCAGGCGGUCCCCGGAAAACUUCAGGCGCCUUCAGGAGGAACACUUCAGGCGGCCUCCUGAGGAGGACUUCAGGCGCUCUCGGGAGGAGGAUUUCCGGUACCCAAGGGAGGAGGACUGGAGGCGGCCACCUGAGGAGGAUUUCAGGCGACCUCCCAAGGAAGACUUCAGGAGACCCCAGGAGGAGGACUGGAGGCGCCCCCCAGAGGGAGACUUAAGGAGGCCACCUGAGGAGGAUUGGAGGCGGCCUCCUGAGGAAGACUUCAGGCGGCUUCCCCCAGGGGAAUGGAGGCGACAACCUGAGGAAGACUUUAGGCGGCCCCCGGAGGAGGAUUUCAGGCGCCCUCCUGAGGAGGACUUCCGGCGACCCCACCAGGAGGACUUCAGGCGGUCUCCUGAGGAGGAUUUCCGAGGUUCUCCCGAGGACUUCAGGCGGCCCCCCCCGGAACACUUCCGGCGGCCCCCCCCAGAGCACUUCCGUCGGCCACCCCCAGAUCACUUCCGUCGGCUGCCCCCGGAGCACUUCCGGCGACCACCUCAGGAGCAUUUCCGGAGGCCACCGCAGGAGCACUUCAGGCGGCCAUCCCAGGAGCAUUUUAGACGACCGCCUCAGGAGCUUUUCAGGCGGCCACCCCAGGAACAUUUCAGGCGCCCCCGAGAGGAAGAUUUUAGGCACCCACAGGAUGAAGAUUUCAGGGGCCCUCCGGAUGAAGACUUUAGGCACCCUUCUGAAGAGGACUUCAGGAGUUCUCAGGAGGAAGAUUUUAGAAGCCCUUCUGAUGAGGACUUCAGGCGGCUCCCGGAGGAAGACCUCAGGGAAGCUCCAGAGGAGGACUCCAGAGUUCCUGACAGAUUUAGACUUCCUGGUGAGGAGUUUAGGAGCCCCCCUGGUUUUAGAAGUCAUCGCCCUUUUGUGAAUUUUGGUCGCCCAGAAGGUGGCAAAUUUGAUUUUGGAAAGCGUAAUAUGGGAAGUUUUCCUGAGGGGAGAUUUAUGCCUGAUCCAAAAUUAAAUUGUAAUUCAGGUAGAGUAACACCUAUUAAGAUAAUGAAUCUUCCAUUUAAAGCUAAUGUUAAUGAGAUUUUAGACUUCUUCCAUGGUUAUAGAAUCAUACCUGAUUCAGUUUCAAUACAGUAUAAUGAGCAAGGAUUACCCACAGGGGAAGCCAUUGUUGCCAUGAUAAACUACAAUGAAGCUAUGGCUGCUAUUAAAGACCUGAAUGAUAGACCAGUUGGCCCCCGCAAGGUUAAGUUAAUUUUGCUCUAGAGAGCAUUUCUAAAUUGGUAAUUAUCUCCCCACAGUAUUGAUGCAGUAAAAUGCAUUUUUAAGUGUUUAUUUUUAAUUAUCUAAUGAAACAUUUUAAUUUUGACCUGUGAACAGAAGAAAUGUAAAUAGAAUGUGAAUCUGGUUUUCUUUUGCUUGCAAAUUGCCAUUCACUUUUUCUAACUUAAAAAUAUAUAUGCUUUUUUUUUGAUGGGGGUGGGGUGGGUUGGGUUGGGGGGAGAACUAAUUCCCUGAGUGCAGUAAUUUUUGUUGAUGUCAUGGGUAAAUGUCAAGACUUGUAUAAAGUAGAAAACUGUGUUUGGGGAAGACAAGUUUUAUGUUUACUUUUGUUUCCAUUCUGUAGUCUACAUUUCUACUCCAAUUGUAUAAGGAAAUGGUCAGUGACUGAUUGUUCAGGGUUAGCAUUUUUAUUGCUAACUGCCUGCAGAAUUAAUGCCCUCUUCCUUGUCUGAGAUAUUACUGUGUUAAGCCUCCCCUUAAUCAUAAGUAGCUCAAAAUUGACAGACUGUGAACUUGAAGUUUACUUAUGUAAAAGGCUUAGGAAAUUAACUUUCAAAGUUUUUAUAAAAAUAAAAAAAUUGCAACUGAA